ACGUCGGUGUUUUACAAGUGGUGGCGCACUAGCCCCGCCUCUCCUCUGAUGAGGUAGCAGCAGGGUUCAGACCGUGAAGGCAGCAUUAAUGUGAGUCACAUGACAGGCCAGCCUCACCGACUGAUCUGACACACACCUAAUAAUCAUGGUAAGCAUUUUUCCAUACCCGAUAAGGCUUUAUGCAUCUGCAUGUUUUCAUAUCAUAGUCGCAUGGGUUUGCUAUUAAACCGUGAAACUACGUAUCUCGGCUGUCCGGUAUGGUUCGGUAAACUGGCCCAAAACUAGACUGUUAUCUGAGUGGCCUAACGUUAGACUGUGGCUAGCUCGGUCAACCAGCUGACAACAAGCGAGUAGAUAUGUGUUUAUCUCAAACAUGUAUGUAGUUCAUGUGCCUUACUGAACACGGAUCACACCGUGCGUUGUGUUUUGGUUGAAAAAUGUAAUAAUCCUAGUGAUUUGGGGGAGAAAGUGCUGACUGGAAUAACUAACGUUAGCUGUUGUUAGCAUGCUCUUCCGCCUUGCUGUGUCAUUUGCACUAAAGCUUAAUAUUUUCACCUGAGCUCGUUUUAAUGUGAAUCAGAUGGUAUUAUUAACAUUGUGAUACUGUAACACAUUUGCUCACGCGUCACUGAAACAGCUACAUGUUACAUGGUGGCUGUCUGAUGGGAAAUGUAAGUGUGCAGCGAAGUUGGGGCACUUAUGAUGCAUUCACGUGCAGCUCGGAUGGUUGCGGAUAUCCCCAGUAUGGAGGUCGUUCUUCUCAUUUCUGUUCGAUCGUGAGCUUCAAGCUGCAGUUGGGGAAGAACCUGGACUCGAAAAAAGCCUCGAGUGUACAGAAAUAUAUAAACGUAGCUCCAGCUGUUCAGGGGUUUGUUGGCUCAUCCUAAGAGCGUGUUGUUGCAUCAGUGUCUUACCUAAAACCACUUAAAUAUUGCCUCGCCUGGACUGAUUGUUUUUAUUCAGUCUUGCUCGCCCUCAUUGCAAAAUAACCGAUGGUUUCAGCACAAUGCCGUACUCGUACUUUCAUGAGAGCAACUUCAUAAAGUUGUAUACCAUGUGUUUUCAGAUAAUGGCUUUAUUUGUACCGCAGUAGUGUCAGUCACCCUAUGUCUCACACCUGAGCUCCAUAACGACGGAAAGGACCUUACCUGUGUGAGGUAGCUCAAGUAAAGUUAAAGGAGCAGAAAUAGAGCUAGCGGCCAGACCUCAAAGUGUAGUAAAAACGAUCAGUUCGACCUGAAAAUUAAUCCUGAUGUGUGUUGAAAGCCAUGACAGCUAUGCUUCAACAGCAGUAAUGAUGUUUACACUCAGUGCCAAGACAAAUUCUUGGUGCUGCAUUUGAUGAGCUGGAGACAUCUGAUGGAGUUUUUGCUGAAACAGGUUGAGAGUGAAGUAAUAAUGAUAAUAUAAAGCAUUAACAACCUUCUCCUGAUCUGCUUGAUUUAAAAACGGCAAAUAUUUGCAAUAUUUCUUUGCUGAUACAGCCAAGACUGGACCAAUGUCCUCACAAAAUUGAGGUUGCUAACAGCAGUCACAGUUAAAUGUCUUCCUGUUGGUCCUGUAAAAACAUUUCCUUCUCUGCAGUUAAUAUUUGUUCUUCUUUUCUGUUUGAUGUUAGAAAAUUAUUUGACAUCUAGCUUUUGAUGACCUUUGACAAAUUCUAAGAGAGUUCGGGUGGCUAGAGCAGUUUUAGAGCAGGAGCAAGUAUAGGGAGAAGUGGCAGGGUAACCUACAGGUGGUGUCUGCUGUUGAUGAAGUUAAGAUGAUAUUAACAGAGAAAAAAAUAUCAGCACCUGUCCUUAAGUUUGGAAAAUUUAGCAAAUUUUUAUUUAUAUUUUUUAUUACACUACAAAUUAGUUCAAAGAGUGUAAGUUAAUUUGUUUCUCAAAAAAUGAAGCUUUCAUCAUAUAGUUCAGUCCUUUGAUAAAUUUAUUGCUUAACUCUGUAGACUAAUGUCAGGAAUUGUUGGUAGAAUAAGCAAACUUCUGCAUGAUGUGUUUAUCGUCUUCUUGUAUUUCAGCCAACCACUCAGCAGUCUCCACACGAUGAGCAGGAGAAGCUUCUAGAUGAAGCUGUGCAGGCUGUCAAAGUCCAGUCCUUCCAGAUGAAGCGAUGCCUGGUAGGGUCAUUUGGUUUAAUUUUUUCAUUAAUUUUAUUUUUUUGUGUACAGCACCUGAAGAAAUGAGCUGACUGGGGAAUAUUAGAGUUGUCAACACAUAUUCUAGGCUCUGUGUAAAUCAACUUAAUUUGGAAAAUGUUCAGCAGGUUAUAUGGUGAAGGCUGGGGACAUAGUAAAUCUCUAUCCAAGUCAUUCAUCCCCGCUAAAAAUAGGGUUUAAGGAGAAUGUAUGAGCUAACUAAAGGUAGUAUAUUCUCUUUGGCAAACAAUGAAAGAACUCAAAUCCAGGCUUUUCUUCUGCCUGGUGUGAUUUCUGUGCUGAACAUCUGCACAAAUCCAAAAUAACUUAAAUUAAGACUAAAUGAAAUUAACAUUUAGUGCAAGCUGUGUAAUGUACUGUUGUCGGUGCUCCCUGUUUGAGAACCACUCACACUGCCGUCACUUCAGUAAAGAUGUACACAGCUGUUCCCCCUUUGCAGUCCUUUCUACAGCAGCAUCAUAUGUAGGGUCAGCCACAGUUCACUGGUCAAUUGUAUGACAGGAAGAGGCUUAGCAGCCACUGUUGAUGAUACUGUGACAGGACUUGGUAUGAAGUUAUUUCUGCAAACUUAAACAUGCUGGUUUGAUUAUUUUAAAGUUUGACUCUGAUUUUUGGUUUGUAGGACAAAAACAAGCUUAUGGAUGCUCUGAAGCAUGCCUCUAAUAUGCUUGGUGAGCUGAGGACCUCCAUGCUGUCUCCUAAGAGCUACUAUGAGCUCUGUAUCCUUUAUACUCUUUGACUGUACAUGUUGGAAAUUGCUUGAGACGGGAUUAAUGCAGUGCCAGUGUUAUGUGGAGUGAUACAGCCUUGCUCACUCUUCAUAGCUUUGCUUUACUUACGACACUCAUCUCUACAAAGACAGUCCUUUUUGUCUGGCAGUAGCAUCUAAACCCCAAACAGUCAAUGCUGCCUUCAAACUAACCAGACUAAACUGACCAAUCGUGCAAAACUUCCCUUUCUUAGAUGGUUGUUUUGGAUUAUACAUAAUAAAACACACACACACACACACACACACACACACACACACACACACACACACACACACACACACACACACACACACACACACACAACCCAGUCAGUAUGGGGUAAGAAUCAGCUGUGCCCUACAAGGUGAAAUUAUUGAUGGAAAAACAACUUGAGCCUCUGGUGGCAAAAACAAGCAUGUUUGCAGUCACACUUUGAACCACAAAUGUUCAACUAAAGAUUAGUUUGCAGCCAGCACAGCUGCAGGCCAAGGUAACCUGGGACAAACAGGACAGAUUUCUUAACACUAUAAACCUCUUUUCUGAACACAUACCAAGGCCUAUAAAACUGGACUCUGGAUCCAAAACAAUCAGAUCCUUCUCUGGGGUGAGAUUUAUCCUCCUUCUCUGAGUGGAUUAAUUACUGUUGAAUAUUUCUCCUCUUAUUCUGAAAACUAAUCUUAAUCAUCCAGCCUGCCCUGAUGUAGCUCUGAAAUCAUUGAUAUCUAGCAGUCUAUCUAGAGUGUUAAACACGUCUCACGCUUUCCCAGUUGUUCAAAUCGCUUUAAGCUCUCUGACAUCACCCAUCAUAUUCAUCCAUUCAUUCACUGGUGGCUGAGGCUACUCUGGUAGCAGACUAUCAGUACUAACUAAUCCUAAUUAAACCCAAUCUCCAGGGCUGCUGUGAUGGGUUAUUGUAGUUGGGACAUCCCAAAUUCAGUCUUGACUGUUGUAUGGGAGUUGAUUCUGCAUCACUGAGUGUUCUUGGCAUAGACUGUAUAUACUAUGGACAACUUGAUUUGAAGCCAAAAAGCUCUCGGUAUUUCCGGGACUGUUCUUCAUUUCCUGAAACCAGCGCUGCGCAGUAGCGAUGCGCGCAUUCGGCCGUGCAGUCGCCGAGAGUCGCUGUGAUGACGCUCGGCUCAAACAGCGUAUCCCCCCAGGUGAGCAACACAAUCCCUGAACGCCCAUAGGCUGUAUCAGGUGUCAAUUAUAAAAAACAUGAACCCCCUAAUAACUUUUAAAAACAGAGCUUCACAGAAAAAAGAGGACUUGAACACAAACCAGUCUUACAAUAACUACAUGUCAACAUCACAAGCACGGGGGAAAAAAAUUUAUGUCCUGUGUAAUAAAUUUCUGAAGUGUGUCCUCAGCCCCAUAAGCUUUGCUGGUGGAGGCGGGAUUUAUGACCUAUACUGCAGCUCAUCAACAGAGGGUGCUGUUCUCGGAGUGGCUUCACCCAGCAAGGAGGCAGACUCUGUCCAUUCUUUAUACAGUCUAUGGCUCUUGGUUAGCUUGCCUACUCCUAAUGAGAAAAUGCUGGUGAUGGCCCACACCUGCUGACCCUACUCACUGCUAUCACAAAAGUGAAAAGGUGGUAUACCCCUUUGACAUGCUGACACAUGAUCAUGACAGUGAAGUAAAGUACUUAAACUCCUCACUUGAACCCAAACACGUCAUAUUUACUGAUCCCACAGCAGCAUAGAGAAAACAGUGUGUCUCGAAUGCAGUCAGGUGUUCAAGUGUGCGCAUCAGAAACCACAGAAAAACACCUCUCCACUCAUUUUAAAGUGUGAGAAGAAACAUCUCUGAACUUUAGCUUUUGUUUCAUAUAGAUGACAGUACAGUGGAAAGAAGAGGACUCCUAGAUUUCAUAGCAGUUUGCAUUGUGUCCUUCAGGGCUGCACCAUACCCUCUUUCAGUGCUACAACAUAUGUAAGCUGUGUCCCAGGAGCUUCCUAAUACUGCUCUCCAUUUAAGAUUUGAGUCUAUUUUAGAUGUAGUUCAUGCCCAGCUGAACAGAGCAGAUCAACUUUGAUGAAGAGCCAGGCACAGGAACAGCAUAUACAGUGCCUGACAAAAGUCUUGUCGCUUAUCCAUUUUGUAGAAACAACAGCUUAUAACCUGACUUGUCAUUAAUCCAUUGGUUUUAGAAAUGGCUCAUAUGAAAGCUAAAACCCUCCCAAAUUAUGUUUAAAAUCUAAAAUAAAUUUCCUUCACUGAAGAAAGAUUGAUCAUUUAAUGAACACAGAAAGGUCUGAUUUUGGCAAGACAAAGGUUUUGUCGCCUACAUAGAGUAAUGUGAAAAUUGAACAAAUAAUUUACUUCAAAUUAGGCCUGAACGAUAUAUCGUUUGACUAUCGUCAUCAGUGAAUUAAGUAGUGGUGCUGUGAGAUCCAUAUUUAAUAUCUUAUAUGACUUCCAUGAGCCUGAAGAACUGCAUCCAUGCGGUUCGGCAACGAUUCAUACAAUUUAUUGAUGAAGUCAUCAGGAAUAGCAAAGAACGCAGUCUUACAUGCCUCCCAGAGUUCAUCAAGAUUCUUUGGUUUCGUCUUCCAUGCUUCCUCUUUCAUUUUACCCCAGACAUGCUCGAUGAUGUUCAUGUCUGGUGACUGGGCUGGCCAGUCCUGGAGCACCUUGAUCUUCUUCGCCUUGAGGAACUUUGCUGUAGAGAUCGAAGUAUGUGAUGGAGCACCAUCCUGCUGCAAAAUUUGACCCCUUUUAUGGUUGGGAAUGUAAGAGGUAGCUAAUACUUCUUGAUAUUUUAGGCUAUUGAUAUUGCCUUCCACCCUGCAAAUCUCUCACACACCUCCCUACUGGAUGUAACCCCAGACCAGGAUUUUUCCAGCACCAAACUGAACUGUUUUCUGGGUGAAUCUCAGAUCCAUGCGGACUCCAGUAGGUCACCUGCAAUAUUUGCGGCGGUUGUGAUGUAAUUCAACCGAAGAUUCAUCCGAAAAAUCCACCUUCUGCCACUUUUCCAGCGUCCAUCCUUUUAGCAGGCUGUGGGCCUUGGCAAAUGCCACACGUUUUUUUUAAUUGCUUUUUGUUUAGUGCUGGUUUCUGGGCACUGAUUCCACCAUGGAGGCCAUGUCGAGACAGAAUUAGACAAACUGUUCUGGUUGACACAGGGACUUGAGGAGACCAGACCUGGUGGAGCUCUGCUGCAGUGGAAAAGGGGCUGGCCUUGGAUUUUCGAGCCAACAAACGGUCCUCCCGAGCAGUUGUCUUGUGGGGUCUGCCGGCCCUGGGCUUGUCAAAAACAUCUCCAGUCUCUUCAAAUCUUUUUCUUAUCCUUUGUACUUGACGCUGAGACACAAUGAAGGUGUCAGCCACCUCAGCAGUGGAUCUCGUCUUCAGCCUCUUGAUGAUCAAAGCUUUGGUCUCAGGGUGAAUCUUAGGCAUGUUGUCAGAGGUCAAGUUGCAGUUGAUGUGAAGGUCUGGUGUGCUGUGGUUCUUUUUAUACACCCACUAAUUGAUUGGUCAAUAAUUGAUCACAGGUGAGGCUGUAAUCCUGGAUUGGGUGCAUCAUAUGACAAGGCGACAAGACUUUUGUCUGUGCAAAAACUGACUCAGUGGGCUUUACCAAGCUGUGAACAUUAAAAUGCUUUUCAGCAGUUUCGUUUGGCACCAAAACAUUAUUUCAAACGCUGUUGGGAUUGAAAUUAGACAUUUCUUGUAAAAAAAAUUGAUUGCACAUAUAUUUGAGGGGCACUUAAGGUCAACUUGUACCCAAGUGACAAGACUUUUGUCAGGGACUGUAGAGUAAAACACCAUGUGUAGCUUUUUGAUUGUAGAAGAUAUCAUUUCUGAUGAUGGUGAUAUAGUAGAUAUCAGGACUUUUGGGUGUUAGAUCUUUAGGUCUGUAGUCAACUGCACAACAACUCAGAUGACAUGAGUAAAAUAAAACAUAGGAUGAGAUGCAAAAAUGACACAGGACAGAGAGAGGGGUGGUGGUGGUGUCCUGUCUCCAGCUGCUCUCCAGGGGGGUUGGGCGAAUCCAAAAUGGUGAAAAUAAGGGGGGUGUUCUGAGGCAGGCUGUUACCUGUGAAAUGGAGGUGCUCUGAAAACACCCCUAUUAGCACUUAGUACGUUCCUCCUGAUGAAAUUAACCAUAGACUGUAAAUGGACGUGGAAAAAAAAUCAAGUCGACUAAUGAGAAUUUUGGUUGACUCAGCAGGUAUCGACCAAUAAGUCGACCAGUGGACAAGGACUUUACCGCCCUACUGAAGUGUAUGCGUUAAUCUUCCAGAGUUCAGCAAACCUAUGCACACCAGUGUGGACUGUAGCUGCUGUGCCAUUUACAUGUGGCAAGCAAAGCAGUUGUGUUGGUGGUAAAAAACAGGCCCGUCUGCAGUCCUUAACAGUCUGUCAGAUAUGGCGAUAUCUGAUGAGCUCCACUACCUGGAAGUUUACCUGACUGAUGAGUUUGCCAAGGGACGCAAGGUGGCAGAUCUGUAUGAGCUGGUCCAGUAUGCAGGCAACAUCAUCCCCAGACUGUAAGUUUCAACUGUGAUUAUGAGGUUCAUGAGCACUCACUCAUCCACACAGGAGGUUUGUUUACUGAUGGACUCAAUGAAAGUGAAAAAAGAUACUUUCAUUGUAUUCAUUUCUAUAGGAUUCAUCUAUUAAAAAAGCUUUGUAUCGAUGUGUUUGUUGUCUACCAUCAUGAAACAGACUUCCAUUUCCCUCCUCUCCAGCUACCUGCUGAUCACAGUGGGUGUGGUGUACGUCCGCUCCUUCCCCCAGUCUCGUAAGGACAUCCUGAAGGACCUUGUUGAGAUGUGUCGUGGAGUCCAGCACCCGCUCAGGGGCCUCUUCCUCAGAAACUACCUGCUGCAGUGCACCCGCAACAUACUGCCUGAUGAUGGAGAGCAGUCAGAGUGAGCAAGAUCAGUUUUUCUCUUUUUCUUUCUGGACUCAUCUGCAAAAUCAGAACUGAGCACAUGCUCAAUAAAUGAAAAAUCCCACCAGAGAUGAGAUGGUGAUUAUUAAUUAUCCUCAAACAGCAUAUUAGGAUGAAAUAAAACUUCUCAAGUGAGUUUUUGUGGAAUAUGUGAAGAAUAAGCGUAUGGAUGUCUUUAUUCCAGAGUAUUUAACACACAGUAACAGUUCACAGGGGGCCCAGUGAGUCAUGUGAUUCCAUGCCUUAUUUUUUGAUGUUUUGACAUGCGGCCUACUUUUUACCUCUGCUCUUUAUUCAAAGGGGGUCAGAGGAGAUGACCGGCGAUAUCAAUGACUCCAUUGACUUUGUCCUCCUGAACUUUGCGGAAAUGAACAAGUUGUGGGUCCGAAUGCAGCAUCAGGGUCACAGCCGAGACCGAGAAAAGAGAGAGAAGGAACGACAAGAGCUCAGGAUUCUGGUGGGCACCAACCUGGUUCGCCUCAGCCAGCUGGAGGGGGUCAAUGUGGAAAAGUACAAACAGGUGUGUGUGUGUGUGCGGUCUCUGUUCACAUUUAAUAUGGAAUCAACCUCACAGUGUUCUGGGGCAGUGUUUGUCUGUGGAAUUGGUUUAUUCAUUUGGGUCAGCACAUGUGUAAGUGACGGUGAAUACUUGUGUCAGUAUAGGGUUAUACUGCAGAUGGACCUUUUCUGUGUGGUUUUCUCUGGUCAUGAUGGUGGAAAUUUACAGAGGAAGCUGCUUUUUAAGCAAAUAACUUGAUUGACACAUAAGGUAAGAGUGGGGAUGUCCAUAUCAGCUGUUUUGGUCCUGAUCUGUGUCUUUUAAUAUUGACCAAGUCCUGAUCAGAUACUGUUAUUUGCCUUGUUAAUAGAGCUGCACACAUUGUUUGUUGUUAUUUUUGUUUGAACCUUAAGCUCAAAAGUGGAGGAAUGAAUCUAGAGUGCAGCCUUACUUUGCCGAAUUAAUGAAUGUGCUACAAUCUACUGAAGACUUUGACUGCUGCAGCCUUGUGAAAGUUUCAUGUUGUAUCAAUUGUUGCUGGUUGUUGGACUAUUAACAUUAUAAUUUAGAGUCUUAUGGUGUUAAUAAUCCGAAGGAGAUGAUCUGUUUGCUGAUCUCCAGUCAACUGAAAAUGUCCAGAUUGGCUAUGCUUUGAUGACAUCUGACAUCUGCUCCGUCACUGAGCUUUAAAACUGAGUAAAGUGGGGUGCCAGUGGUCUGCCUUGGGGGCUCUCAGACUCUCUUAUGUUUCAGUACAAAGUUAUAAAAUUUAACCCCCUUUUUUCAGCUGUCUUCCCCUCAAAUAAUUGCACAUAAAUGAUAUCAGCAUAUUUUGGGAAAUCAGAUCUGUUCACUCAAGCCUUUUUCUUUCCAGAUUGUCCUUCCUGGAGUGCUGGAGCAGGUUGUGAACUGCAGAGACUCAUUGGCUCAGGAAUAUUUAAUGGAGUGCAUCAUUCAGGUAGACGCCUGGGAUGGGUGGGGUUGGUGGAGUUGGCUGGAUAAAGGCAGCAGCUGCUGGACCUCAAGAUGCUUUUAUAGGAAAUGUAGUUCUUAUGGGGCCAAAUGCAUCAGGUUUUCUUUAUUUUGUAAUUUUCCAAAGCACCCUGUCCUCACUCAGACUUGAUGCAUUAUUGUUCAGCUAAGAUGAUGUUAACUCAGGUGUUGAUUUGACGCACUGAGGACAGACUUGUCUGUGAUCUUUUAAAGGAACCCCACAGUAUCAGACAUAUUGACCUUCUUGGAUUAAUGUGGUUAGCUGUUAUAAAACAUGUUUGCACAGCUUUAAACUCCUGACCUGAGUGAGUCUGUUUUACUAGGUUUUCCCAGAUGAGUUCCACCUCCAGACCCUGAACCCUUUCCUGCGUUCCUGUGCCGAGCUCCACCAACACGUCAAUGUGAAGAACAUCAUCAUUGCUCUCAUUGACAGGUACAGUUUGAAUCACUGUCCAUGAACAAAGCAAGAACAUUUGGAAAACAAACUCUUCUUUACUUAUUCUUGGAUUUCCUGUCACUGUAAUGGCUUCUUUUCCAAUUUGAUCAGGAUUAAAGAAUAAACUGUAUGAAGGUGCUGCCUAUGGAGACCUGUGUCUGUUUAGGUAGAUCUAAUGUGAGAACAUCAAUUGCUAUGGCCUCCAGGUGCUCUGAUAUGGGCUGACUAGAAGUGGGUGAAUCUGAUAUCAAACAUGUCAAACUGACACUCAAAUGACUGGACAGUUGAAAAGCUAAUAGGGAUUAAAAAGCAUCUGAAGAUACUCUAAGAAAUUAGUCCACAAAAGUUCUUCUAAAGGCUUGAGUGUCACAGAGUUUGGAAGGUCAUUUGAACUCUUUUGUUUCCAGACUGGCCCUUUUUGCUCAUCGAGAAGAUGGUCCUGGGAUCCCAGCUGAAAUCAAACUGUUUGACAUCUUCUCUCAGCAAGUGGCCACUGUCAUUCAAGUGAGUGAUAAGUUAGCUUUACGUGGUCUAUUGACAGAAUUGCGUGUGGAACAGAUUAUAAACAUAACUUGACAGAAAUGAUAAAAUACGUUAUUUAAAGGCAUGAACUGUUAAUAAAGAUACACCUUUAGUUUAUUCAAGUACCUGAGUGUGAUAAAAGAGGAAAUGAUCGUAGAAGUCUCUUCUUCUGGAGCUGUGCAGGCUUAAAGCUUUGUGUCAAACCUCUCCUGUGCUCACAGUGUGGGUGUUUUCUUUCUGUUAUCCCUCCUUCAGUCCCGUCAGGACAUGCCAUCCGAGGAUGUGGUUUCCCUUCAGGUCUCACUCAUCAAUUUGGCCAUGAAAUGCUACCCAGACCGUGUUGAUUACGUGGAUAAAGUCCUGGAGGGCACUGUGGAAAUAUUUAACAAGCUCAACCUGGAACAGUAAGUCCCAAAAAUCCUGAGAUGCCAAGAUUCAAGAUGAAGUUUUGAUGUCGUAUCACACAAGCACUUUUUCAUAUUUGGGGUCUAGUUGAUAAAGAGUAACAAAAGGUUUAGAACUUUGCUUCAUUUUAUUUGCUAAAUCCCCCAGGCCUAGUCCUGAUAAUUGAAAUAAACAGAGAGAAAUCUUGUUGUGGUAAUAGUGCGCACCCAGUGGAGAAAAGCCAUAACCAGGUGUCUGAGAGUCAAAAGAGAGAAGGAGAACAGGACCAACAUACACCAUGAUCCUUGUGGCUUUGGACACUUUUGGUCCAUGUUCACUUUUUAAUGCAGUUGGACGAAGAUAUUCCAAAACCAUUUUACACACUUUCUUUCAAACCCAGAAGUAAGAUUUUGACCCUUCCUGUUAUGUUCUGUCUUGCAGCAUAGCAACAAGCAGCGCAGUGUCAAAGGAACUCACCCGACUGUUGAAGAUCCCUGUGGAUACCUACAACAACAUACUGACAGUGCUGCAGCUAAAGCACUUCCCUCCACUCUUUGAGUACUUUGACUAUGAGUCACGCAAAAGCAUGAGUUGCUAUGUGCUGAGCAACACACUGGACUACAACACCACCAUUGUGGCACAAGAGCAGGUCAGUUUUAUGUCUUUUACCUGUGUGUAGCUGGCUUCCACCUGUUAAGAUCAGCUUUCUGGAAAAGUGCAUGAAUUAAACUUUGCACUCCCUGCCUUGUUUCCCCUAGGUGGACGCCAUCUUAAACUUGGUUUCAACACUGAUUCAGGACCAGCCAGACCAACCAGCUGAUGAUCCUGACCCUGAAGAUUUUGCGGAGGAGCAGAGCCUUGUGGGUCGUUUCAUCCACCUGCUCCACUCUGAAGACCCUGAUCAGCAAUACCUUGUGGGUCCUCUCUUGAACAUGGAGAAAGCAUAGAAAUGGUUUUGCUCAAUAGUGUCACGCCCUACUAUUCUGUACACUCUGUUAUUGUGCUGUUGCUCGUUUUUUUAUAACUGCUGACCAUUGAGGAAUCUCCAGCACCUUGAGGAUGUCUCAAACUUAGCUCAUCACAUCCUUCUUACUUGUGUAACAUUUUCAUCCCAAACUGUGUCUGUGAUUGGCUUUUUGUUUUGUCUUUGAGGUGUGUAAACUUGUAUUUGUUUGCAGAUUCUGAACACAGCCAGGAAACAUUUCGGUGCAGGGGGAAACCAAAGGAUUCGCUACACACUUCCUCCUUUGGUGUUUGCUGCCUACCAGCUGGCCUUCAGAUACAAGGAAAACUCCUCAUCGGUGUGAAAGCUUUACACUUUUACCUGGAUGUAACAUCUGUAGCUUUGUGAGUCUGACAAAGUAUUCUGCAUUUUUUUCUCAUCAGGAUGACAAGUGGGAAAAAAAGUGCCAGAAAAUCUUUUCCUUCGCCCACCAGACCAUCAGUGCGCUUAUAAAGGCUGAGCUAGCUGAACUGCCCCUCCGACUCUUCCUGCAAGGGGCUCUGGCUGCAGGAGAGAUCGGCUUUGAGAACCAUGAGACUGUUGCUUAUGAGUUCAUGUCACAGGUAGACUGUUUAACAUUUCAUCAAGUUUGAGUCUGCAUAGUUACAAAAUGCCCACACAGGUCGGGUGUCUGAAAAAUGGUGAAGCAAUUUACUGUAGCAAUUCUCAAACUCCUGUUAAGGUGAUUUUGAGUGGCGGUUGAGCUUUCACUAAGAAUUUGGCAGUUACUACAGUCGGAAACAGCAAAGAGAGGGGGGCUGACAUGCAGAAAAGGGCUGAGGAUUGUGGUUGAACCAGGGGCUGCCGUUGGGCCCUCUGUACAUUAUUCACAUUUUUUAUUGCUAAACUCCAACACAUUUCAGAUUUGGUUUGCUCCUCCUAUUUCACUGUUACGAGCCUCGACUGAAUUUAAGAGGUGCUUAUUUAAGACUGAGGUAUUUUAAAUCUAUAAAGGAACACCAAAAGGUUUAGUUCUGGGUCCACUAUAUUUUGCUAUCUACUUUAACUGUCCCAGACACAGUAUCUCAAAGAAUGCUUUUCCUUUCUAUGCAGAUGACGCUGUUGUUUCCGGAUGUCCAUCUCUCAGACCACCUUUUUUUAAAUAUUGAUUGAUGGAUUUCACAACUUUUGUUUGUCUAACUUUGUGUAGUUUUACACAAAAACUUUUACCCCUUCAGUUCUAAACCUUUUAAACACUGGCUCAUGUCUAUUCCUCCCUCCUAUCCCACCCUGUUUCUAACCAGGCCUUCUCUCUGUAUGAGGAUGAGAUCAGUGACUCCAAAGCCCAGCUGGCAGCCAUCACACUGAUAAUCGGUACCUUUGAGCGGAUGCGAUGUUUCAGUGAGGAAAACCAUGAGCCGCUGAGGACUCAGUGUGCACUGGCUGCCUCUAAGCUGCUGAAAAAGCCAGACCAGUGUCGAGCCGUCAGCAUCUGCGCUCAUCUCUUUUGGUCAGGACGCAGCACGGACAAAAAUGGGGAAGAGGUAGGUCAGACUAGUUUGGUUUGGGGGAUUUCAGUUUGAACCAAUUUCAUUCAUGUGCACUGGAAAAAUGUAAGCACACUGGGACUUUAUUUUGGUUCAAGUGCAUUUAUGUGUUUUUUUAAGAGGUCCAUUCAAGACACUUCAGAAAAUGGAGAAGCAGUAAACCAAAACAGUCACUCUAAAACCAGGUCAACAUGUUAAGAACAGGAAAUGUCAAAGUGAAAGUGAAACCCAUCUACUUUCCCUUUAGUUUUUUUAUUUCUGAUUAAGAACACAACAGAUUAUGUUGCUAAUAACAUUCACGGUGCACGUUGCCCCUUACAGACAUUUCUUUUCAUCACUUCUAAUGUCAUCAUAAAUGCAGCAGAAUCUGAACAAGACAGAAAGAAAGACUUUCUUAAUGUUCUUCCUCUUAAUUCAGGAGCUUUUCUAGGUCAUUGUAUUCACACAUUUUGAUGCACUUCAUCACAUCCAAAAAUAUUAUUUCUGACUAGUGAUCUUGCAUCUACAGAUCCGUGAUGGUAAGCGGGUGAUGGAGUGUCUAAAGAAAGCUCUGAAGAUUGCGAAUCAGUGCAUGGACCCAUCACUGCAAGUUCAGCUGUUCAUUGAAAUCCUCAACCGAUACGUCUGCUUCUAUGAGAGGGAAAAUGAUGCGGUAGGACAACUCCAUGAUUGAAAUAAAAAGCUGAUUAUGUCUCAAUCUUUCCAUGAAUAAGAAGUUAUUAAAUGAAGGAAACAGUAUCCUGAAACUUCACAGAGCCUCUCCAAAUUCCUUAUUAAAUUGUAGAACAACUAUAACUAUGGCUCCUGUGAUGUGAAUGUAGCCCCUCAAAUAACGCUCUGGUACUGUCUGUCAUUCUCCAUCUGUCCAGGUGACAGUCCAGGUUUUAAACCAGCUGAUCCAGAAGAUCAGGGAAGAUCUCCCUAACCUGGAGGCCAGUGAAGAAACAGAGCAGAUCAACAAACACUUCCACAACACACUGGAACAUCUCCGCCUGCAGAGAGAAUCCCCUGAGUCUGAGGGUCCUGCGUAUGAGGGCCUGGUCCUUUAAAACUGUUACAGAUGUUUCAUGAUACUAUGAAUAUACAACUGUAGGCCAGGAAUAAAAAUAAGUGUCAAGAAGAGCUAAAAGAAGUCACUCAUUUCCUCUUCACCAUCUGUCACUCGCACAACAGUUUCUGAAGUAGCUUGGAGGUGUAACAUUUUGAGAAGCGUGUGCCAGCAAUACUGCACUGUGCAACAGAGGCGAGUCGAAAGCACCAUUCCUUUAUGAAUUCCAAUCUGACCAAUCUGUCUUUAACCUGUAUCAUUUUAUUAUCUAUAGAUUUAUAAUCUGUUUUAGGUGUGUCCAUGAGCCAUCACCCUUUUGCUUUAUUCAUGUCCUGUCAUAGGGAGAAGUGAAUGCUUUAAUCAAGUGUAGAAAGUCCACCAAGUCUAGUCGUGGUGUUUCCACCCCUGAGUAAUAAGAGAGUGCUGCUCUUCAGAAGGGCCAUGUGCUAAGUCUGAACUAGGUCUGGGCCUGACAAAUGAAAGCACAUGCAAACACAUUAGGCCCCAUUAAAACUGCCCAUUUUCAAAGAACAGAGCAUCUUCUCACCUCAUUGCACUUUGACUGUGGGAACUUAAGGUAAUAAUUGUGCAGCAUUUUGCAUGGUCCCUGAUUCUUCUGCUAGCCAAGCUGAGAUGAAAUGACAUAAUCUCAUAUAUGUAAUGAAAAUAGGUGUCAUAUUUUUAAGAAGAUUCCUCCUUUUCAUACCUGAAUAGUGCUUCUUCUUUUUGAGUAACACCAGAUUUGCGUCUGUUGACUCCAUAUUUCAUGUAUUGGUUUAGUUAUGGACUUGUCACCAGUGGAUUGACAUGUUCAGAGGUGCAGCAUGUGUUUGUGUGCUCUGGUGUGUAAAAGACCUAGUCUUCUAUUGUAUAAAUUAAACCAACCACAUUGUCUGACUGUCAAGAUUUUGCCAACCAGUAAACAAUUUUGCUUGGUGACAGUAUCCUUUCAGGUCCAUCUUUAGUGAAGUGGUUGCAACAGUUCCUCAGGAUUGCGCUUAGUUGACGGUGUCCAUGCUGAGUUCAUCACGAUGUAUAUGAUUCAGUCUAAGGUUUUGAUAUGGUUUGCUGCAGCCUGACAAUUCCUGCUGAUCUCUCUUUCUAUAGUUAUUUGCUAGAGGCAGUAUGGAGCACUUUCUCUCCCCAGAUGAAACCUAUGUAAACCCACUUGUGAAUCAGAUAAAGAAAAAAGCAGAUUAUAGCGAUUAUCAUUGUUACUUGCUGAAAUAAAUUCAAAUUAACAAUACUACAUUUGUUGUUUGUGUAUUAUGUAAAAAAUUAAAUCAUUUAAAAUCAUGUUAGGAAUCUUAGACAUGGUGUUGCAUGAUACAGAAAAAUAUACACCCUUGCAAUUUCUUAAAAGAAAACAUUGAUUUUUUUUUUUUUUUUUUUUUGACAAUUAGCUGUCUGCUCAGUUUUAACAAUAAAAUAUAUUCUUUGGCUUUA